AUGUGUCGAGUGCUGUGCGCUGUAAAGGUCGAUCUUGCCCCGAUGAAUGCUGCGGUUUACUCUGAUAAUUCGUUUGUAAUUGUCAGAAUAGGUAGAUUAGACUUAUCUGUUAACUCGAUUAUAAUUGUCCGAUUAAGUAGAAUGGAUACUUCGUCCAUAAAAUCUCUUGUAAAAAACCUGUAUGGUACAUAG